AUGGGUGUUGAGAAUGACAAUGACAACCCCACCAUAAGCGAUCCCGAUCAAUUGAAUCAACCUAGUUUUGGUGAUGAUGAAGAUAAUAAUCCCUUUUCUCAUCAAGGUGGGAUAACUAGUUUUAUGGGGCUGCAUCAUCAGAAUAAUAAUGGUGAUGGUGAUAAUGAUAAUGAUGGUGAUGAUCUUGAUGAUGAAUCACUCUUAUUAUAUAAUUCCCAUCCCAAUGCCAAUGCUAAUGGUGAAUCAUCCAAUGCGGUUAAGGAAUCAUUCAAUGAAGUUCAGAUUAAUCAUGAAAGUAGAGUAUCUAAAUUAUUAAAACCUAAUAAUAAUGAUAAAGUGGAGAUCACUGAAGCUGGGAAUUCAAAUGAAGGUAUGGUCAACGCUCUGAAGAAGUAUGUGGUGUAUACCAUUAAAUUAAUCAAUUUGGAUGUCCCCAAGGAAGAAGUUUUAACUAGAAGGAGGUAUAGUGAUUUUGAAAGCUUACGUGAUAUACUAACAAAGAUAUUCCCCUUAAUAAUCAUACCUCCAAUUCCUCCUAAGAAUUAUUUCAAUUUAACUGUGUUAAAUGGCUUAGUUGGACAAGCAUCAUCUCAGAAUGGUAACUCCUCCACUAAUGGCACAUCAUCAAGUUCCGAUAAUCAUCCUGCUUAUUCAUAUAUAAAUUCAACUCAUCUUACUAAGAACAAAUUAAUCGAACAUCGAAAACGAUUAUUAGCAAAUUUCUUAAAUAAUUGUUUGAAAUUAAAUAGAAUACGGACUUUACAAUUCUUUGCUAAAUUUUUAGAUCCAAAUGCAAAUUGGACCGAUGAAAUCACAUUAAUCACAAGUCAAUUACCUAAAUCCAUCUAUAUGCUGAAUCCAGAAAAUGGAUUAAAAACUGAUCCCAUAUAUAUUAAUCUACCCAAUCCAUCUAAUGGGAAUACCAUAUCAUUCUUCAAAGACAAUAGGAAAAAACUAACAAAGAAAACCACGAAGUUAUUAAAUGGUAGCAGUAGUAGUAAUAAUAAUAAUAAUAAUACUGAUUCACCUUCAACUACUAGUAAUGGUACUGAUAAUCUGCCAGAACAUCUGCAAACUACUAAUGGUAGUACUUCCACAUCUAUUGAAAAACAUACCAAUGCUCAUUAUAUCAUGAAUACGUCUGAUUUGGAUUUAAUUAAUAAGAAGAUCAUGGCCAAUUAUAUGGGUUUAUCCAAUGAUUAUGCUGAGUUGGGAACGAUAUUUAAUUCAUUUUCAUUAAUCUUAUCCGAAUCUUCAAGAGAAGGUAAAAAUAAAGAUGAAUCAAAAGCUAAUGUUAUAUUUGAUAAAAUUGGUCAAGCAUUCGAUAGAUCAUAUAUCACGAUAAAUGUCUUGAUAGGAGAUUUAGAAACUAAAUUCUCAGAACCAUUAGGUGAAGCAGUACAGUAUACAGGUAUAUUACAAUUCAUUACUAAAUUUCAAAAUCGAAAGAUCAAACAAAAGGAGUUAUUAGACUCUGAAUUAAAGGCCAAACGAAAAGAACUUGAAGAAUUACUUCAUGUCGAAGAUGAAUCAUCUAGAAUCGAUCAAGCGGUUACUUCUGAUGUGGUUGCAAAAAACUCCAAAUAUAAUUUAGAAGAUGCAACUUCAAAGAGUAAAUCUCCAUCACCUACAAAAUCAACUUCAACCUCAACCUCAUCAUCAUCAUACACGAAAUUCAAACUUUUCCCUAGUAUGAAUUCAAUUAAAAAGAUCACACAAUACGUUAGUGAGAUAAUUGAUCAAAAUCCAGAACAAACAAGGAAACAACGAAUCUUGGUGUUACAAGAAAAGAUCAAAACGUUUGAAAAAUGUCAAACUAUAAUGCUUGAAGAUAUAUCUUAUAUCAGUGAUGAAGUGAAUAAAGAUUUUGAAGCGUUUCAUAAAGAACAAUUAAAAAUGAUUUAUGAAAUCUUAUUAUGUUAUAAUAGAUUUCUUAUAGGGUGGGCUAAAAAGAAUAUUGAAAUUUGGGAAGAAAUCAAAGAAGAAGUUAGCAAGUUAUAA